GGCCACAACUUAGAGAAAUCGACAGGGAAGUCUCACAUGUUCCGUCUACAUUUGGUAACGUUAAUUUUCAGCAAUAGGAUACUCGGAAAGGAUAAUAUAAGGAGAAUAAAUACAGAAGUCGCGCGAGAUUUACUUUCUGAAUAUUUUUUAUACGGAAUUCACUGGUGUUUAAAACAGACUGUGGAAGUGAACACGAUUUUCUCUAGCAAUGGAUCCAGAGAGACUGAAGCGCAAGGAGGAAAUAGAGAAAGCCCUGGGAUUCAUUCAAUCGUCUUUGCCUUUCCCUGAUCCUGAUGGUUAUGAGACGUUUUUGACUCAGUUAGUGUGCAAUUUGCUGGACGAAGGUAACACAGUGUUUCGUGAUGGAGAUUGGAGGCAGGCAGCUGUGCACUAUAGUGAAGGUGUGAAUGUAGCUCGAUAUGCUCAGUCUGAAGCGCUGGUCAUUCCUCCAGAGCUGCUUGAAAGUCUCUAUGUGAACAGAGCCUCUGCACACUACAGCCUUGAAGAGUAUGAGCUGGGGGUGCAGGACUGUGACUGUGCUCUGGCUGUGUCUGAGGGCAACCGGAGAGCACUCUACAGGAAGGCACUGUGCUUGAGAGAGCUGGGUCGAUUCAGAGAGGCCUACGAGUGUGGCACUGGGUGCCUGCUCGCUUCUCCUCACGACAGACAAGUCAGUGAGUUGGCUAAGGACCUGGCCAACAAACUUGGCCUGAAAAUCCGCAAAGCCUAUGUUAGUCCUCAGGUUGAAUCCACAACAUCUGGCCCAGCAAGUAAUGGGGAAACUACACCUUCUGCAGGGGAGACAUCCUCAAAUGGUCUCGAGUCGCUGACAGAUAUUGGGUCAGAUUUGUCAAAUGCCCAGUGCAUCCCUGCACCUUUGGCCACCCCAAUUCCUGUCAGUGAUGACCCUGCAAUGCCCUCACUGAGUCCCAUAGAACCCCAGGACACCCCUGAGAGCCCCAGUCAGGGGUCCACGGGGCAGGUGCAGUAUUCUGUGCCAGUGUCUGAGGAUGUGGGUGAAUGUGUUAUGACUACGAAUCUGGACAGUCUGCUGGAAAAAGGAGCUGAGGUCAGCGUGAACCCUGUUCAGGGUGCCAUUCCUACUAACCUCCCAAACACAGCCGUAGGGUUGCGUACUGCCUACCCCUCUGCUCUCCCAGCCUCUUCAUCCCCUCUCACUCCCCCUUAUUUUGGCUCCACCAUCAACCCCCUCACUCAGCUGGACUCUUUUUCAGCACUCGGCCAGAGUGAGAGCUCACAAGCCAUGGAGUCUCUCCUCCCUUUCACUGCUGGGGCUGGGGAGGCUGUUGGGCGCGCUAGAGCUGAAUCGCUUGGCACACAAAGUCUUGACUCUCUCUCCGAGUAUACAUUACCAGGAGGAAGAGUCUCUAGCAGUUUCUUCUCUGGAUUACGGAACCAUAGUACCAUUCACUCCAAUGGCUCAGCUGCAACCAACCUUUCCCUCUUGUCCCAGAAUCCAUUGGCUGCCACCCAUGAGUUCAGACAGGCUUGUCAUGCCUGUUACAGUCGCAUAGGUCCUCGAGUCAUGGAUUACAAGUAUCAGCCCGAAGCAGCUCAUCGCUGUAAAAGAGAUGUGCUGCUCUGUCGCCUAAAAUCAUCUGAGGACACCACUUGGAAGAGGAUACGGCCUCGCCCUGCUCGCAAUAACUUCCUUGGAGCAUUUGUUCUUUGCAAAGAAGUACAGGAGCGUCAGGAGUGCCAGUAUGGAGAAAACUGCACAUUUGCCUAUUGCCAGGAGGAGAUAGAUGUGUGGACCCAGGAGAGGAAAGGAGCUUUAAGUCGAGAGCUAUUGUUUGACCCCCUGGGCACAAAUGAGAGACGAGCACUUAGUGUCACACGCUUGUUGCAGAUUCAUAUGGGCAUGUUCAUGUUCCUCUGUGAGGAAUGUUUUGACAGUAAGCCUCGUAUUAUAAGCAAGCGCAGCAAAGAGAAUCUAGGUGUCUGCUCCAACCUGACUGCGAAGCAUCCUUUUGAUGAUAACAAGUGCCUGGUGCAUGUGGUACGCUCAGCCAAUGUGCGCUACAGUAAGAUCCGUCCGCUCCAUCCACUAUGCCAGUUUGAUGUAUGCCGCCAUGAGGUGCGCUACGGCUGCCAGAGGGAAGACAGCUGUUCUUUCGCUCACUCAGUUAUUGAGCUCAAGUGCUGGGUGCUGCAACAGGAUACAGGUAUCACCCAUGAGGAGAUGGUGCAGGAGUCUAAGAGACACUGGCAAAGACUGGAGCAGAAUGCACAAAGACAGAAGCCCAUGCAUGUGCCUCAUCAAACCUGCAGCACUAGCAGUAAUUCUGGUUUUGGGACCGGAGGAGGGGUUGGAGUGGGCGGUGACAGUAUUGGAGGUGGAGGGUCAGGAGGAGGCACGUGUGGCCGAGGACGUGGGCUCAACCUCAAGAUGAAGUUUGUUUGUGGCCAGUGCUGGAGGGAGGGCCAGGUCAAUGAGCCGGACAAGGCACUGAAAUACUGCACUGCAAAAGCCAAACAUAGCUGGACAAAAGAGCGCCGGGUACUGUUGGUAAAAUCGUUUGAGAAGAAAAAGUGGGUAGUUGUACGGCCACUUCCUUUUUCUCGGACUUACCCUCAGCAGUAUGACAUGUGUGUUCAUGUGAUGAAACAGAAGAAGUGCCACUACAUUGGGAAUUGCUCUUUUGCGCACAGUUCAGAAGAAAGAGACGUGUGGACCUACAUGAAGAACAACAGUUUGAGGGAUAUGCAGCAGAUGUAUGAUUUAUGGCUAUCACUGACCAAUCAGAACCGUCGAUCAGAUGGCCCCCUGAUGACUCCACCUCCUGAAGAAAAACAGAAUGCCAUGCCAACUGAUUACACUGCAUCAGUGGCUGGGCGGCGCAUGUCAGGAAGUGGGGAACUGUGACCCCGACCAAAGCAUUCAGUGGUAGGCCUUGUGACUACCUGGAUGAGGCUUCCUGUCAUGAGAACCAGUCAGUUUGUAUUCUCCAUUCCCUUCAGUGCAACUUCAGGGUGCACUGUAAUUUCCUGUUGGCAGUCUGACUGUAAGCCUAACAUGGUGAUAGUGAACCCAAACAUUUAUGCCCGAAUACAUUUGUUGACAUUACAAUUGGCUGUGUGUUUUGUAUGCAAACCAGUAAUGACAGCCUAUGUAAUUAAGGUCAUUUGAAAAUCCUAAACCAAAUUAUGCCUGUUUUAACAUUCAAGUGGUUCCUUUAUCUGUGUUCUUGCCAUAUUGGCAGAAGAAAAUGAUUGUAUAGACAGCAAGGGCCCUCCAAAAGAGAUUUUGAAAUGUAUUGAACACACCUUGGCAGUUAUCCUUUGCCUGUCUGGCUCUUUCUUUAUAGUACUAGCAUGUAGGUUUGUUGCCUGUCUAUCUCCACCAUCCAGUCUUGCGUGCACAAACUUGCCUUUACAUUCAGUUUGCACUGACUGAACUGUGAAAGGGGGAAUUGUUUUGUAAUAAGUAAAGAAGAUAAUUGAGAGCAGUGAUUGGAUAACAGUCUGCUCCUCCAUUAUAAUAUGAGCCGUCAGAUAUAAGAUACUUUACUGUUAUUAUAGCUUUGUGAAGUAAUGUGAUUGCUUUGACUGAGAAGUUUAAGAAGCAUAACUUUUUGGAAUUAGACUCAUUUGCAAUUAUUUACCCUGUGCCAUCAUAAAUCUUUGGCUCUCCCUAGGCUAUAUUCGAAAAUGAGUUCUUGAAUUCUUAACAGUUCAACUUUAAACAAAUCCACAAUAGUUCUCCAUAAUUAAUAUUUACUCAUUUCAUGCAAUGAACCUCAAUGAAUUUAAACUUGGAGGACUUUAGGCAGAUAAAGUUGACAUGGUGUGCCUAUGCGUAAUUAUAUUCCCUCCAAAAAAAGAAAUAUACACUCAUGAUAUACCUUGCUACUGUUAGUAAGCCUUGUCCAUACGUAUGGUGGACAUACAUAUUUACUAUACUACUAAUGAUUAUUGAUAACCUAGCAGUUAAAGCUUAAUAAAAAUAUAGCCUGACCUUGUAUUGAUUACAUAGAACCUGUUGUUAUUGAACUAUGCUAUAUGACUUGUAUUGCUGAUUUAGAUGACUAGUGAUUUUUCUUCUCGCUUCUGUGAGGGUCAUUCCAGAAAUGUCAGUUUUGUGAAGUUUCCCCCUGCCUAUACCACCAACUCAAAGAAAGAAAUAUCUGUAAAUCUUACUGUUAGCACAUUAACACCUUAGAAAUAAUGCAAACUUCAUGAAUUUGAGGCUGGGAGUUGUCUGGAUUUCAACAUGUAUGAAUACAUUGGGGUUUCUGGAAUGAUCUUAAUGUAUGCUUCAGUGAGGGAUUUUAUUAUUAUUAUUAUUACUACUACUACUACUAUUAUGAUAAUGAUUACUAUUAUGACUGUCUAUCCUCCCAUAUCCUAUUGAUAUAUGUAUAUGUUAAUUGCUAUGUAUAACUCUCUCUUAAGUAUAUGUAUCAAUGUAUGAACAUAAAACAUAACAGUGAAUAGUCUAUGUAUGCUGAGAGACUUUGAGUUUAGGGAGGAGGUGCUGUGUAGAUACAUGUGCUUGAGCUUUUAAGAUGGUCAUUAGUUUAGUUUAUUCUUGGGCUAGAAGACAAAUAUAGUGUGGGUUUUUUUUCUUUCUUUCUUUCUUCUUUUUCCCUUCUACUUUCUCUCUUCUCUUCUUUUUCAAAGAGGUCAUACAACAUUGCUUUUUCUUCUGAUUUGUUUGGAAUGUGUUUUGUUGUAGGGUGUGAGGGUAGGAUCCACCAUGUGCCUUUAUUUUCUCUUUGAUAUGACAGGUGCAUUAAGUGGAAUGAUAAUUAUAUUUUAAAACGCAUAACUUCACCUACCAAAACUCCUCAUCUGGUUCUGAUAAAGUCCUCAAGCACAUGUAUUGUCAGUUGUAUUGUGAGGAAAUGCUAAGCAUACAUAAGGGUUGUGGGUUUUUUUUUUUUUUUUUUUUUUUUUCUUUUUUUUUUUUUUUGCAUAGCACCUUAUACAAUAUAAACAUAUAUACAAUUAUAAAUAUCCUGAACAUAUAUAAUCUUUCUCCUUCAAUAUAUGAUAAAUAUAUACAUACUUAGACGACUUUAAUAAUGAAAUAGAUGCAAGGUGGUGGAUGGGUUUUGUGGUUUUUGUUGGCUGAUGAUGUUGGUUGUGGCAUGCAGCACCAUUUGUCUUGAACGUUCUCUUGUGGAAUGUUGACACUUUCCACAGAAUAGUUUUUUCUGAUUUUGGUAGCAGUUUCCACUCUUGAUGAUGGGUAGACAAUCGGAGGAAGUGUGAGUAAGCUGAGAAGGAGGUGCAGAGAAUCAGUUUACAGCCACUGUCUCAAUAAUGAGGAUGUUUGUUAAAGGACAUAUCAAAGGGUCAAAAUCUCUGGCCACCAGUUAUUCAAUGGGUUUAAGAGAGAGCACCAUCCACUCAACUAAAUCACAUCCUUGUCAUUUACAACUUGAGUUUACUUCAUUUGAAUGUGAACAUGUGACAUUUUGGACUUGCUCUGACUCCUUCUCCAAGUAGUUUGAACAAAUGGGAAGAGUUUGCACAUAGUUAGACCUUUGUGUUUAAUACUCUCUAAAGCAAAGUCUCCAUUUUGAAUGGCAGACAGUUAAACAUUGAUCUUGACAUGAUGUCAUGUCUUUUCAACAGAACACAGAAUUAUGGAUAAUGAUUAAGAUGCUGUUUUCUGUCAAUAUGACUUAUUUUUCAACUAAUAGCUGAAAAAAAUCAGGGUUUUUGGAAAGAAAAAAAGCCUUUUUUUGUACUGUAUUUUUACAUUUUUUUUUUUUGUUUGUUUCUCCUUUUUGCUCCCUUAUUGGAAUGAAUAUUGAACACAGUGGACCAAAUCUCAUGAGUGCUUAACAAUAAACAGAUUGUUUUAGAA